AUGAAACACGAUUGUUUUUGCUUUGCGACGCAUUAAACAAGUGCAACGCAUACAACAAUGUGGUUUCAUAUUGCGACUUUGGUUAUUUUUUGUUUUAAAAUUAGUGCACACGCUAGAAGUAUCGACUCUUCUCACGCCUUGGACAGGCUGAUAAGCUCUGGCAUACGCAACAAUCGGCCUAUCAUCAUAAUAAUUGACCCCAGCAAAAGCCUUGGAAUAGAUAGAGAAAACGAGGAGUACGAUGAAGCUGUCUACAAGAAAUAUGAACAUGAAAAUGAUAAUUUAUUGACUAGUGCAUUGAGGAUGAGGGCUGAUAACACUAAUACCUGCAAAAAAUUCGUUCGACAAAAACUUAAAGGAAAAUGCUCUAAGGAGAGUGACUGCUAUGAGAUAUUAUGGGACCUUGCUAAUCAGGUUUGCGAUGACGAUGGUUCAAAACAAAGCUCAAAUAAUAUAAAAGACGAUAAAACCCCCAAACUGUACUUAUGGGCCAAACAGGACAAGGAGGAGAAAGAAGUCAAAACAGAUCAAAAAGAUAAAAAAGCUAAAAAAGGCAAACUAUACGUAUGGUCCAAAGACGACCCGAAAAAAGUUGUAGUCAGUGAAAAAGGUAAGGUGGUUGUAAACGACAGGACCUUGGAAAUAAACUAAAUAGUAGAUAAAACAUCCGACAACGUAUACCUAUUUAUAUUAUGAUUUUAAUGACAAAGAAAAAUGCACUUUAAUGAAAUGAUUAUACGUUGCCACCCGUAUAAUAAAAACGUUUAUAAUC